GUUCAUCAUUUGAAUUGAGGGGCUUCCAUUCUAUGAUGUGUACGUAGUUUUAAGUACUUACUGGCCUUUGCCAUUUUUUCUGUUCCUUUUCUGGAGACAAAGACCCAGAAGAGUAAAGGACAGAAACAAACACCAAAUUUCUGUCGAUCCAAAAAUGUAUCAAGAGAAUGCUAUGCGACUACCAGAAAAUGGGUUUUCGCAAACAGUCCCCAAUUUCACCCCCACCUUUUCCUCUAUAGAAGAACUCUCCUUCCAUCAAAAUCCCCAACAAGAAGCAUCCGCUGGCAUGGAAAUAGAGGAGCUUCUGCACCGUAUGGGUUUUGAGAGAAACACCCCUUUGACACAAGAAAUGGUCCCUGAAUCUAACCUUUUUCACUUACCCAAUUCGUCGUUUUCGUAUCCGGACCAAGCCCAAAACUCCCCGAGCUUUCUACCCACGUUAGGAUUUCUAGGGAACGUUGCGUCCGAUACUCACAGUGCGUUGGAUUCAAAUUCUGCUAAUUUUGACCCACGAUUUCAUUUGAACCUUCCACCACCACUGCCUCCUCUGUCUAGGGGAUUAAUGUUCGAGUCUCCAAUGCCCAAUGGGGGCUACAAUAUGAAUACUGGUUCUUUGUUUGGUGGAGUGGUGGAUGAGAUAGAAGGAAGUUGUGGUGGGUAUGGAUAUGAUAAUGGAGUUUUUGAGUUCAAUGGUGGGGAUAGGAGUUGCGGGGGCAGGAAGAGUAAUGGGAAGGGCAGCAAUCGACAGUUGAAUACUGAGAAGCAAAGGAGAGGGCAGUUGUCUGAUAAGUACGAAGUUUUGAGAAAUUUGGUUCCCAACCCCACUAAGGCUGAUAGAGCAUCAGUGGUGGGAGAUGCCAUUGGGUACAUCAAAGAGCUUCUCAGAACUGUCAAUGAGCUAAAAAUGCUGGUAGAGAGGAAGAGAUGCAGCAUAGAGAGGAUCAAAAGGCACAAGACAGAAAGUGAUGGUCCAGAUCAUCAAGACCAGUCUUCCUACAAUGGAUUGAGGAGCUCAUGGCUUCAGAGAAAGUUCAAAGACUCUGAGAUCGAUGUCCGGAUUGUUGAUGAUGAAGUAACCAUUAAAUUCGCCCAUCCGCAAAAGAAAAUCAACUGCUUGUUGCCUGUUUCAAAAGCCCUUGAUGAGCUUCAACUGGAUAUCCAACAUGUUGGUGGUGGCCUUGUCGUUGAUAACUAUUGUUUCCUCUUCAAUAGUAAGAUAUGUGAAGGUUCUUCUAUCUAUGCUAGUGCUAUAGCAAACAAAAUAAUAGAGGUUGUGGACAAACAGUACCCAACAAUUCCAACCAACUAGUAGCUGUACAUUACAAGAGAAGAAGGGUUUUAUGAAGUGGGUACC